CAACUGUUGUGUUGUGUUACACGAUUAUAGUCUCGGUAUUAGUUCUAAUUUUCAUAUUCAGUUAUGGAGAGUAGACAUAGUCGGGGACGCGGUGGUCAUUGGAAAAGAGGAGGUGGAGGUAGAGGUGAAGGUGAGGGGGUCACUGGCAGUUCGGGAGAGCACAGGGGUCGCGGAAGAGGGGGCCAGCAUCGUGGAAGAGGCAAACGGGACCAUCGUAGAGGAAGAGGGCGCGAAUAUGGACCUCCCGCAGACUUUAGAGAGUUUCGAGGAAAUCAAGAUGACCAUGACAACAAAGAAAACUUUGAGGAAGAAGAGGAGCACAACACCUUCUCUCGACGAAAGCUCAAGCCCAACUGGGACCGUUAUGAGGAAUCGGAGAAAGAGGAAAUUAAUGAAGAUGUACCGACACAAAGAGGCACCGACUAUCAUGUCCUCCUCACAUCAGCAGGGGACUCCUUCACACAGUUCAGGUUCUCUGAUGAGAAGGACUGGGACAUGGACUCGCUGGCAAAAAAUCAGAUUCCAGCUCUUUUUGUUGACCUGCCAGCUUUAACUCAGUCACUUCAAGAGCUUCCACUGCACACCAGACUGAACCUGGAGGCUGAGCUUGUUCAGGUGACAACUCCUGUUGAACUGCCGCCCGUGACAGUCCCUCACAGAACCGACUCGACACUGACAGCUCCUCAGGCAAGCCGAGAGUCAGGCCUGGGCAUUUCCUGCAGUGUAAAGCCUGUUUCAAGUACCACAGCGUCACUCGGUGUCUCCACAGCCGUCCCUGCGGCCGCUGAUGAUGCUGACCAGGAGCUCGACCUUCUCCUCAGCUUGCAGAGACCCGUCACUGAACUUUCUUCAGUACAAUCCCACGCUACGACAGAAGAUGAUGUGCUGAACACCCCAACACAAGGUUCACAGGAAGAAGAUCAAACUGUUGUUAUGAAAGAGACAAAGCCAGAAGUGCAGAGUGAACCUGAACCCACGAGGCAGGAAGUGACAGAAGAGGAUCUGGAGGACUGGUUGGACAGCAUGAUCUCCUGACUUGAGAGAAGCACUUUCUCCCUGCUGACUGACACAGCUGUGAAUUAAAUCAGCACAUGCAGCUUUAGUAAUGCUGACACCGUUACUUCUGUGUGGAUGUGCACAUCAUGCUCGGACACUUCGUGAAGUCAUAAGAUAGCCGGGACUAAUUCGGUCAUGUGGAAUAUAAAAUGCUCCAUCAAUAUAUAACUCCUAAAAAUGCUGAUGUAAUGCCAUGUAACAGUUUUCAGACGCAACAUAUUCUCACUCCUCAAAUGACUCAAUUUCAUUCAGAUUAAAUGCAGCUAUGGCCAGCUGGGAUUUAUUGCAUUAGCUACUUUAUUUUCGUUCCCCCUGCUCAAAACAAAUGCAAAUCACCAAAGCCACGACAUACAUAUAAAUGGCCAUAGAAUAGCAGUUUACAGUAUUGACUGUUCAAUACAUUUGUUAAUCAUUUUUGUCCUUGAAUAUAGAUUUCCAUUGUUUUGCAAUCGUACUUCAUAAAUGAUCAAGCAAACACGAUUUCAGUUAUUGAACCGUAACCAAACAUUUUUUUUAAAAAGCAGUGAUUAUCUUUACUUAUGAACCAUCAACUAAAGCUACAAAACUACUAACCCAUGUGAGACUGUCAGUGAGAGUCUAAACUCAAACGCAAACUAGCAAAUCAUACGUGCGGGAACCAAAUGUUUGCAUAGUCUCUUGUCAUAAGGCACUUUGCUGUAUGAGAAACAUCUAGUGGACUGAAGCAGAUGAUCUUUAUAUUUCUCAUUCUACCAGUCAGAUUACCGUCUUUAAAGGCAUUGCACAUUCUUCAUAGUAUUUUUUGUCAU